GGAGGAUGCACGCAGCUCUGUCUAUCGGAGUUCAAAGUUUUUCGGAAAAUAAAGACUUUUGUGAAUAGUGUUUAAAGGUUUUUGCUUCCGAAAUGGCGCCUCCCAAACAACUGAAGUCAGCUGACGUCAGCAACGGGUCGAAGUUCCGCCAUUGGUGUCACAGCCGCCGCUGCCAGCUGUGGCGGCUGUUGCUGCUGCCUUUCAUCCCGAUCCUGGCCCUCAUCGUGCAGACCACCUUCUCCUUGAGGAGUAGCCUCACCAAUGGCAUGGAGGUCGCAGAUGUCGAGGAGCAGGUCAGCCGAGCUACUGAACUUGGCAAACUGGUUACUAGGUUACAGCAGGAGAGAUCUGAAGUGGCGUUCUUUAUAUUCACUAAUGGCAGCACUUUGCGGUCCAACUUGACCCAGCGGUUUGCUGGCACCGACAGCGCGAUCGAGCAGAUGGGCGAGCUGCCUUUGCUGACCUUCAAGAAUCGCAUAGCACCUGUCGCCGGUCAUGUCUUUCUGGAGGAGCUUUAUGGACUCAGAGCCAAAAUCAACCCUGGUACCAACAUGACGGAGGCGGUGGAGUGGUACACCAACGCCAACGCUGCCCUUCUGACUCACCUCACCAAGGAGAUCAAAGACACUGACAGCAGCACUAUAUGGAGGUACCUUGUUGGAUUUAAGAACUUGCUAAGAAGUAUAGAGUGCAAGGGGAUAGCUUCGGUUCUUGGCAUCAACUACUUCGCCUGGGGCUUUCUUCAACCUAAAGCGCAUGAGAGGUACAUAAGCCACAUGGUACUCGGUAGAGACUUGCUGGACAACACGCUGAACCUUGUCCCGUCACUCAUCCCUCUACACAUGGACAUCAAGGAGGAUAGCCCCGAAUACCAAGUCUUGGAGAGAAAGAAUCAGCAAAUAGUGGACAAUAAGGCGCAGCCCGGCAGCGUCAGUGAGGCGAUAGAGUACUUUGACCAGACAGCCACGCUGCUCGGGAAACUGAGAGCAGUCCAAAAACAACUCAGGGAAUAUAUAAGGGAAGGCGUGAACCACAGCCUCCGGGAGGCUCGUCGCAGCGAGGCUGUGUGCGCCGGCAUCCUGUUUCUGGUGUGUGUGGUGUCUCCCAUCAUCAUCGCCCUCGUCAGGAACGCUGUCAACACCAUACAGGUAUACGCGCGAAACCUGUCAGAAAAGGCCAGGGAGUUGGAGUACGAGAAAGAGUUGAGCGACUCCCUCCUCUACCAGAUGUUGCCUGCCACCGUCGCUAAGCAGUUGAAGCAGACUCAACAGGUACCGGCGGAGUUUUUCUCGUCUGUGACUGUGUACUUCAGUGACAUCGUGGGGUUCACAGCCAUUGCCGCCGUGUCAACGCCUUACCAGGUGAUAAGCUUCCUGAACUCUGUGUACAAGCUUUUCGACGAGAGAAUCGAAUGCUACGACGUGUACAAGAUCGAGACUAUCGGGGACUCCUACAUGGUCGCCUCUGGACUUCCCGUCAGAAAUGGCAACAAACAUGCCACGGAAAUUGCCAGUAUGGCGCUGGAGCUGCUGGAGGCGACGGCCAUGUGUCGCUUGCCGCACCGCCCCGAUCAGGCUCUGUGUAUGAGGAGCGGAAUACACACCGGGCCGUGCGUGGCCGGCAUCGUAGGCACCAAGAUGCCUCGCUACUGUCUCUUCGGAGACACCAUCAACACUGCUAGCAGGAUGGAGAGCACCGGGGAACCGAUGAAGAUACAAAUAUCUGGAGACGUAAAGCGUGCUCUGGACAAGACCGGACGCUUCGUCACUACGCCACGAGGGGUCGUCGAUGUGAAGGGUAAAGGUGAAAUGACGACGUAUUGGUUGGAAGGUCGGACCGGUCCGUCCCCUGUACGGCCCGCCACCGCCCUGGACUGCACGCCUAGCUUCCUCGCCCGGAUCCACUCGCAAGGCCGAACCUCACCCAGAUACCACGCCGAUAACAAAAUUUGAAAUAAACGUUAAUUUUAAUGUUUAAUUUAUAUUAAACUAUCUGACGCAUGAGUCCCGUUCCCGAAGAAAUAUGGGUAAUAUACCCUUCCUCGAGAAAUGGGCUAUCUAACACUGAAAGAAUUUUACAAAUCGGACGAGUAGUUCCUAAACUUAGCGCGUUCAAACAAACAAACAAACAAACUCUUUAUAAUAUUAGUAUAGAUUAUAAAAGAGGCCAGCGACUCCGUCCGCUUGAAAUUCUGUUUUCAAUCUGAAAGAGUUUUUGGUGCCACAAAAGAAUGUAAUGAGCCUAUUUGACUUGGCACAGACUUCAAAAAGUUUAUGUAGUAGUUUUUUUUUUCAAAUCCUAGGGCUUUUAAUGUAGGUAGGUAAGUAUAUCUAAAAGUAAGUAACUGUGAGUCGUGUUUGGCGGUUAAAUAUUUUUAUAAACAACAGUUUGUAAAAUAUAUAUAUAACUUCCAAAGUUAUCCUGUCUGCCUGUCUAUUGUAAUAAAUAGCUAUAUUGUGAAAUUUGGUCUGUGUCUUAUGGACAUUGGGGACUCUACCUACGGUUAGUAAUCGCUAACAAUUGAAAUGCACCAAGAGUUUAAUGACAUUAAUUAAUGAAUCAUACAUCAAGUUAUUUUCUUAGGUUUUGUAUAUUAUAUACCUAAUAUAAUUGUCAUAACUUUAGUAGUAGAGUACAUAAUAUACUUCUAUCAUUAGAUAUCUUCAAAGAUUUAAUAGCCUUCAGGCCGCAACUCUCACUAGUUACCACUCUACUGACCAAGUACCGGCAAGCGAUUUAGCAUUCCGGUACGAUGGGUAGAAUCUUCAUUCUACCCAUACUUCUGACGGUUUCUAAAUCAACCUACUUCGUACCUCAUCUAAAUCAACCCGCUAACAUAUUAAAUUGCAUCUUCACUUAACACCUGAUGAGUUCACGUUCAUGUUCAUCAUAUCGUUAAAUGAAAAAAGUAUUUUUUUUUUAUUCUUUACGUGUUAGCUUUUAGCAAUCUCACCUGAUGGUAAGUGAUGAUGCAAUCUAAGAUGGAAGCGGACUAACUUGUCAGGAGGAGGAUGAAAAUCCAAACCCCUUUUGGUUUCUACACGACAUCGUACCGGAAUACUAAAUCGCUUGGCGGUACGCCCUUGCCGGUAGAGUGGUAACUAACCACGGCCGAAGCCUUCCACCAGCCAAAAAUCUAUAUAUACUUAUAAUAAAACUGUAACAGGUCAAAUUCUAUACAUUCAACAUGUUUUGAAAUUUUUAUUUGGAGGGCAUUAAACGUAUAUUCGAUACUGAAUAAGCCAAAAAUAUAUUUCUUUAAUUUUUUGUCUGUCUAUCUGUCUGAUCGGGUAUCACGCUGAAACUACCGAAUGAAUUUAAAUGAAACUUGGAACGAUUUGAGACCAUAAAAGUAGGUGUGGCGAAAAUUAAACCAGAAGGGGGUGAAACAGGGUUUUAAGUUUAUUUAGAAAGCCCUUCAUGUUUCAAGUUUCAUUUGUAAAAAUUGUGUUAUGCAUACUAAAAAAUAUUAAAAAUAACCCCCAUUCAAGAUGUUUCAAAAUUCUACCCACUCUAUACUAUUUAUGGGUUUUUCGAUUUUAACGCGGACGAAGUCCCCUACUAUAAUAUAAUUAUUCACUGGACCAAGUAGAACAACUAGACCAGGCAGAUUUUUUUUCAGGAUUACUGUCGAUUUGAUAUUUUCGGUUUUUCCAAACCACCUGGCUAGGAAAUAGUGGGAUUUUUUUUAAUACACUAAAUUAUUAGGAUUUUUUGCAAAGGUACAGUACUCUUGAGACAAUCUAAAAAUUGUUUAUACUAAAGAUAAAAAAAAAGUAUUUUUUGCAAAGAAAAAGUCGAUAAGGAACUUUUUAAUAUAAUACAAAAAAUUCGCUACUCCCCAGCUCAUUACUUUCUACUAUAUUAGACACAGGACAAGAUUUAGCUUGCCUCAAAUACCUACCAAAAAUAGCCACCUAGGUCCUGAAUCUGACAAAUUAUGAGCAUUUUGUAACCUAUGAAGUAAAGUAUAAUAUCAAAUUGAGUGUUGUAGAAGCAGCUUCAAUAAAUAUCGAAUUAAUUAAAUUUAAAAAUUUAAUGAUAAAAAAAUUUUGUAAUUGAUGGUAAUAAUAAACAAUGGAUG